AUGCGGCGGCCUUUGCUUGGCAUGGGCUAUUUUUGCUGCGAUCGCGCGGACCGCGGUCGACCUGACAAACCUCAUUUCAACCCCGUCCCUGAAAUUAUUCCCCUCCAAAGAAAUCCGCAAACCCACGAGCUUUCGCUUCAUGCCUCCGAAUUCUCACCCCAUUACCUGAUAUUCGAGCCUCUUACUUUCCGCAGACCUCCCAAGUCAAGAGAAACGCAGCGACCAUUCGAUGUUGAUCGGCUUAACUGCUGCGCGCAUAUUAGCUUGACAGGCUAUCGUGCAAUCUCCAACAAUGCCGGUAUUUGGACAUCGUCGCAAGGAUAUUGGCGCGUAGCCAUUCACACUAUGUCGCGAUCUUCUGCAGGAUUCGCAGACUUUUUCCCUACUGCACCAUCAGUGCUGCAGUCGCGACGAUCCAGAGAAAUACCUGGUGACCACCGAACCACUUUGUCCAGGCUCGAGACACCUGACAGUAUUGUCGACACUGCUGCUGCUUCGACUAUAGUGAAAAACGAUACUGAUGGCAUCUCGACAGAUGGCGAGAACAAAGAUGAUGCCUGUACCCCCAUAUCCCUUGGUGUUAACACAGGCUCGACUCCAACUCAAUCGGACGCAGGGUUGUUGGCCCCGGGUGCAUCUCAAAGUACCCCCGACGUAGGAUUUACUGGGUGCGAAUACAAAAUUAUUAUUGACGAGGUUCUACCGCCUAAAAACGCCAAAGAUCUAUCCGUGACAACUCUGCAACUUAAUACGGAAAAUGGGAACAACACAUCCGAUAGAAAGCGAGACCAUGCCAAACCCCCCCGAACGCCCCAGACAGAUCCGGAAAACUCACGCGCCCGCGCAAAUUUCUCCAAAGGUUGCAAAAUGGUCUACGACCCUGAGCUGGAUAAAAAAGCACCAACAAAGGAGAAGAAGCGGAAACCGCAAUACGUUGACUUUUCUCACGCCAAUCAAGCGUCACCCUCGAAUGACCCACGGCGCUCCAUUACAAACUACACCAGAGGUGCUGCCAACAAACCAAAAGCGAAAUUUCGAAACGCCCCGUAUUCUCUUCGACACUGGCCGUUUGACCCUGCGACAUCGAUCGGUCCCGAACCUCCAACUCAACUUGUUGUCACCGGAUUUGAUCCCUUGACACCUGUCGCUCCGAUAAACGCGCUAUUUACAAGCUUUGGGGAUGUUGCACACAUUGAUAAUCGUACCGAUCCGGUUACUGGGAGACCUCUGGGCAUCUGCUCCAUUAAAUUCAAAGAUUCCGCAUCUUCCCAUGGCAGAGGCCCAGUAUUGGCUUCUACUGCUGCCAGAAGAGCUUACUAUGAAUGCAAGAAAGAGCAGCGGAUUGGAACACGCCGCGUUCGAGUCGAACUUGACCGCGAUGGCAUUGUGUCGCAGCGAUUGGUUGACAAGGCUAUUGCAUCAUGGCACAAAAACAACCCAUCGUCAUUAGAUAUGAGCAUGCGUGAUAUUUCCUCAAAAAAUAACGAACCCCCACCGACUGCUCCUAAAGGCCCAGCGGCUCGUUCAUCCACGCGUCCAGCUUUCAACCCACCAGAGGGUCCCAAGGCUUCGACCAAGACAGCCCCAUCUUCAUUCAUCGAGGAGACGCCCAUUCUAGAACAGAUCAAGCGCGAUCCCUAUAUAUUCAUUGCCCACUGUUACGUUCCAGUGCUGAGCUCAACAUUGCCUCACUUGCAGAAGCGACUGAGGACUUUCGACUGGAAGGCUGUCCGUUGCGAUAAAACUGGGUAUUACAUACUUUUCGAAAACUCUCGCCGAGGCGAAGAGGAGACAAUGAGGUGUCACAAAAGUUGUCACAUGACACCGUUGUUCACCUACAUCAUGAACAUGGAAAGCCAGCCUUACGGAAAUCCCAAUUAUGAACGCAGUCCAAGUCCCGAAAGAUUACGAACAGAGCAAAAGGUGAAAGCUGAAAACGACAGGAUCCGCAAAGAAUCCGAGCUGGAAGCCAACGAAGAAAAAAGCUUGCGUGCUGCUAAUCUUGAUCCGUCAAAAGAGGUUCUAAGCAUUGUUGUCCAGGAACUGAAGACAAAGCUACUUGAAGAUGUAAAAUUACGCAUCGCUGCUCCAUUUUUGUAUGAUUAUCUUGAUCCAGAUAGGCAUUCAGCCAGGAGGGAGGCACUGGGCAUUCGUGGUCCAGAGUCAAAUAGACCAAAUUCGCUCAAUAUCGCCAUACAUGGCACUGGGCACCACCCAUUCGGGUCCUCCCAUCUUGACGUCUUGGCGCUUCCUCGCAUUCGCAAAAGUGGUCGCAAUGAACUGACGUAUCUUGACGAAAGACGCCGGCAUUUAGUUCGGGGAAGGGAAGUACGGCCACUUCAUCAUCGCCUACAGCAUCUUCAUGAUACGGGAGAUUCAGAUGAUGAUACACAGACACCUAAUUCAAGGGACACGGAUGAACCGGAAAGUCGUCCCUCAAGUCGGAUGAGCUUCGAAUCAGGUGCCUCGGACAGUGAAGAUGAGUAUGGCGACUAUACAAUCCGUACCCCAUCUGCAGAGGAUGGUGCUGCUGGAUAUGGCAUCACCGAUAGCGUUGAGUUUGGAAAGAGCGAUGAAGAUUUAGCGUUGCAGAAAUUGGACCUCGACUCCUCUGUCCAAUCGAGGAAGAGAAAACGAGCUAGCAAAGAUCUUGAUGCUCUCGAUGCUCGAAAACGGCCUAAAGAUGGCUCUCAGCUUUUUGAUGACCAUGAUGAUGUUCUUAAUGAUGUCCAUAUUGUCGACGAUGCAACGAGGAGCCUUGUUUCCCCCCAUUCAUUCGACAGCGAUGUUUUCGAUGAUGAUAAAACCGCCCUUUACUCCCAAUAUCUCACUCCAGGUACCUUUGAAACCGAUUUCAUACGGCCCGAAGUAGACUUUGAAGCUUCUUAUGAUGAACCACGACCUACUGUGGACGAUGAUGAUUCUUUAGUCCUCGACCUCGAUGGUUGGCAGACUUCGGUUAAAGACGACGAAGAUAUUGAUUUUCUCAAAAUUAUACUCUCGGAUUCAGUACCUUCUGAAGUUGGUAGCCUCGUGGCGUGGGCUUGGAAACAGCGGGAAAUCAAGGCUCUCAACGCCCACGGGGAAACAGGGCCAAUCCGUAAGACCAUAUGCGUGCCUGGAUACUUUGUUCCAAACACCACGGGCUCAGCCCGUACGGAGGGCAGAAAGAAAAUAUUCAAUUCCGAGAAAUCAAAAUACCUGCCGCAUCGCAUCAAAGUCCAGAAAGCCCGAGAGGAAAGGGAAGCCAUGGCACAACGCGAUUCACAGGCGGCCUCUGCCGAAGCUGCAAAGAGCGUUAACCCCAAGAACGUAUCCAAUUCGACCUCUCGGUCGACUAGGGUCCAAAACCGGCGACUGGCAGCAGACAUCAACGCUCAGAAGCAAGUGCUUCCGGUUCAAGGGGGUGAUGGCGAUGCUUUGCGGUUUAACCAACUUAAAAAACGCAAGAAGCCUGUCAGAUUUGCUCGUUCCGCUAUUCAUAACUGGGGGCUUUACGCAGAGGAGAACAUCGCGGCCAACGACAUGAUUAUUGAAUAUGUCGGUGAGAAGGUUAGGCAGCAAGUUGCCGAUAUGAGGGAGAGGAGAUACCUGAAGAGUGGUAUUGGAAGCAGCUACCUUUUCCGUAUUGAUGAGAAUGCGGUUAUUGAUGCCACAAAACGCGGCGGCAUUGCAAGAUUCAUCAACCAUAGCUGUACGCCAAAUUGCACAGCCAAAAUCAUCAGAGUGGAUGGGAGUAAGAGAAUUGUCAUAUAUGCGUUGCGAGACAUACACAAAGAUGAGGAGUUGACCUAUGACUAUAAAUUCGAAAGAGAAUGGGAUAGUGAUGAUAGGAUCCCCUGUCUAUGCGGAUCCACUGGCUGUAAAGGGUUCUUGAACUAA